CUUUUCAAUCCCUCUUUCAAUUAAACCCACACCUUUUAACAUCAUCCCACAACCAACCUUUCUAUUUUCCAACAUCCUCGUUCGACUUCCCCUUAAAAACUACCCUCACGUAGUUUCCGUGUGCUGAAUUACAGGACGUUGCAUAAAUAAGCCCGAGGGAUCGUCAGAGAUACGCGGACAUUAACGUUAAUACCGUUAUAUACGAAUUUCUGUUCCUGCGUAACGUUUUGUUGUUGCAAAAUUGGCCGGGGUACAACAAAGCCCCGCCUGGGGUCGAUCUAAAAGGGUUCGCUGGAUAAGACGAUUGGCCAGUGAUAUCGAUGCGUCGACCUACCAUCGGCCAAUCGUGUCGCGGCACCGUGGGUCGCGCAUGCGCCUUGAUCGAAAGCCAAGUUGGCGGUACCCCACCGACGCCGUGAACGACGCCAGGCGACGUCGUCGACGUUCUCCGUCGCGUACCCCGCGCUUUUGCUACCCUACUCCGCUCGUAAUCAUAUCUGGACUUAAUUAUUGAAUCAUUGGUGAUGAGAGUUUAUCGGGCUGGUUAUUCCAAGAGUGUUUUUUGGGGGAGAGCUGAAGUCGUGGGGAGGUGAAGUUUGGAAAGAGGAGAAUAUAUUUUCAGUGUGACCAGUGAGGUGAUUCUGUAAGGAAACUGGGGCUGCCAAUUGUCAACGCGACCAUUUGCAGCCAGAGAGCAACCCCAAUAAUUGGAAAAUGUCCGGAUUCGCUGCGGCGGGUCUCGUGGCUUUCGAUUCCAUCAAGUCCAAAGCAUCGCAAAAACUAGCUGGGUUCAGAAGAAGCAAUGCUGGCUACGAGGAAUUCGAAACGCCCCGUGAGGGUAGCAAAGACAACAAGGGAUUCGAAGAUGAGAGAGAAUACAGUAGGCAAGCUUCGUUUGAAUCGCUCCCGGAACCUGAACGGCCCCCAUUGCGUCACAUCGAUACUUACUGCAAGCCAGAAUGCCCCUGUCUAUCGAAAAGAUAUACCAUCGCCACUUUGGCUUGUAUAGGAUUUGUAAUCUCGUUCGGUAUGAGGUGUAACAUGGGCAUGGCCAAGAUGGCCAUGAAGAAUGCCACCGAAGACAAUGACAACCACACUCUCAGGUUCAACUGGACAGUUGGAACAGAGAGCGCCCUUGACUCGUCCUUCUUCUGGGGCUAUCUGCUGACCCAAGUGCCAGGAGGAUUCGUCGCUUCUUUGUAUCCCGCGAACAAGAUAUUCGGUGCUGCGAUCGCCAUAUCCUCCUUCUUGAACUUGCUGGUACCUGGCGCACUGAAAGUGGACCCCAUCGUCGACAUGAUUGUACAAGUUAUAAAAGGUUUGGUGGAGGGUGUCACGUAUCCGGCUUGUCACGGUAUUUGGAAAUAUUGGGCACCACCGUUGGAGAGAUCUCGUUUAGCAACGCUGGCAUUUUGCGGUUCUUACGCCGCUAUGGUGAUAGGAAUGCCGCUUUCCGGUUGUUUGACCACGAUCUUCGGCUGGACAGCGUCCUUUUACUUUUAUGGUAUGUGUGGAUUAAUUUGGUACUGUUUCUGGUUAUGGCUGGCAUUCGAGAAACCAUCGAAACACCCUUGCAUCUCGGCACGUGAGCUUCGUUACAUCGAAGAUUCCCUUGGCCAAGGGCAAACCCAAAUGGCCAUGCCGACAUUCGCCACGACACCUUGGCGGAAAUUCUUGACUUCCAUGCCGGUGCACGCCAUCAUCGUAGCUAAUUUCUGCAGAUCCUGGAAUUUCUAUCUGCUGGUGCUUUUUCAAGCUCGUUUCAUGCACGAAGCUUUCGGCAUGGCUCUACUUGAAACUGGUGUCAUCGGUUCGCUUCCACACUUAUUGAUGACAAUGAUCGUGCCUUUGGGAGGAUUGUUGGCCGAUUACAUUCGAAAGCGUGGAAUAUUAUCGACGACGAAUGUGAGGAAGCUCUUCAAUUGUGGCGGUUUCGGUAUGGAGGCUCUUUUCUUUUUGGUGGUGGCUCAUGCAACAACGAAAAAAAAUGGGAUGGCGGCGAUUAUCGCGCUGGCGUUUGGGGUUGCCUGCAGUGGUUUCGCCAUUUCCGGUUUCAACGUGAACCAUUUGGACAUCGCACCCAGAUACGCCAGUAUCUUGAUGGGAAUGUCGAAUGGAGUCGGUACUAUAGCGGGAUUGCUGGUGCCCAUCUUUGUAGAUCACAUCACAGAGAAAAAGGAUACUCAGAGUUGGAAAAACGUGUUUCUUAUAGCAGCAUGUGUCCAUAUAUUCGGUGUAACAUUCUAUGCGAUUUUCUGUUCCGGUGAACUACAACCUUGGGCCGAUCCUAAUAUGGAAGAACAGAAGAAUUUCGCUAUGGAUGAAUUUGGACAAGUAAAGCCACCUAUUCCACCACCACCGAACACUAUGCAGUCCGAAUUUAUCAAACAACCAUCCAUGGGAGGUGGAGCAACCGAUGAUUGGAGUAAUUAUGAUCAACAACCCGUAGACAAUAUGUAUGCUCAACAGGAGAAACCAGUGAUAAGUUAUGGGUCGACAGAAACCAACACUAAUAAUCCUUUCCAUUCGACGAAUCCCUUCGCCAGUGAUAUAAACGCAAGCCUGGUACAACCACCAACGAUUAAUGAUUAUGCGUACGACGUAACACAGCAGAAUCAACAGUGGAAUUAAAUUCAUCCUUCAACUAAUUGGACGGACGUAAGGAAAUAUGUUUAAGCUGAUCGAUAAUUUUUUAAUCAAUUACGUUUAUUUCAUAAUUGCGUCUAGUACUUUCAUACUUUUUCUAUUCGUUGUUUAUUGAAAAAAGAUUUUUUUUAGAUUAAAUGGGAAAUAUUUUUAUAAUGUUCAUAAAAAAUAGUUACUUAUUUUUUCUAAAAAUUAAUUAAAUAAGUAAUUCUUUUGCUGUAGAAAAAUAUACGUAAACAUAUAUUAUGAUAGAAUUUUAAAUACAUAUUAAAAUAUUUAAUUAUAUUAAAUAUAGUUAUAAGAAUUAAUUUUUUUUAUAAGAAAUGCUUAUCUUUUUCAUUGUUUCAGCAAAAGAUAAUUAUUAAAAUACAAAUAAAAAGGAAUAUAUUAGAAUAGAUUUUGUUAUAUUUCUAAGUUAAAGUAAAAAUAAGUAACUAUUAAGAAAUUGGAGUACUAGAGACUUAUUGAAUGAAUAUGAAAUAAUUUCUUAUUAACUUUUGAUUUUAUCUUAUAUUGAUACAGUAUUGUCGGCUUUAUAUUUUGAAUUAAGUAAAUAUUCUCUUUUUGCAAUACCUAAGAGUGCAGGGUAUGGUGCUGUUGAUGCAUACAAAUGAAAUAAACGUAAAGAGAAAUUUAACAGCACAAAAAGACUUAAAUUAUUAGAAUAACAAGAAAAUCAAAUGAAAUAAUCGAACAAUUUUUUAAAAAAAUAGAAAAUCAAAAAUGAUGUCAAAAAAUGAAAUGAAAGUAAAUAUUUUAUAAACUUGAAAUUAUUAUUAUGGUCUAUUAGUUAAAAAUAUCCACUAUUUAAAUUAUAAGAAAAAAAGUGGAUAUAAAAGGCCAAAUUUAUAAAAACAAAUGAAAGUUAUAAUGAUCUUUUUUAAGAAAAUAUUUAAGCUAUUGCUAUUUAUUUAUGAACUUCAUGGAAUUGAAAAAGUUAUUUAUAUGAACAUAUAUGCAGACAAUAAGCAACUGCCAAACCUUCAUAGACAAUAAUUUAAUAAUUGAUGACAAUAAUAACAAGAAGGUUUGGUGAAACAAUGGCACAGAAAAUAUGUUCAGCACGAUCGCUGAAACUUUUAGGUAUUUUUUAGAUUUUUUAUUUUGGCACUAAUAGCAAAUAAUUCAACGAUGAAAAACUUUAGAAACAUAGCAAUAAAAAAACCAAUAUUGAAAAUAUAUUGAUUGAAACAAAAAAAAUAAAAAGUGGAAUGAUGCGUCACUCUUAUGACGUAAAUUUUGAAAUAGUACAACCCGAUUCUCGAUGAUAAGCGAACGUAACUAAAACGAAUUAAUUAUCGAAACGUCAAUAUUUUAACAAUGGCCUGGCGAGUUCUGAUAAUUAAUGCAUUACUCGAAAACGCUACUCUUUAUGAGGCGAAAUAUGAGAAAAGCAUUAAUAAGUUUAUUCAGGUACAAUUCGUAUCAUAGAUGAGGUUAUGUUAUUUAAGCCUUUCAAAUUUAAAUGUAAUCACAAAUACGGAUCCUAACAGAAACGUAUCUGAAACGUAUAUGAAAGUAUUCAUAAGAAAGUGAUAAAAUGAAAGUAUUAGUAUGUUAAGAUAUAAAGUACUGUAGGGCUCUAUUUGUUGGGACCUGAUCUCUUCGAGUGAAUUCUCAUCCUGCGCACCGACAAGAGAAUCUUCCGUAAAAUUGAUAACCUCUUCAAACAUAUUUUUUUUCAUUACUUUAUUUGAAAUUGAAUCACAGAUUAUUCACAAUAUUAUCUACAAAAUUUUAAUUUUAUUAAUAUGGAACAGCAUAUUAUAAUAAUAUUUUGAAAUUAAAAUGUAGUAUUUAUGGUGAUCUAUUCGUGAUUUUUCUGAAUAUAGAAUAAUAUAUUUAUUAAACAAAUCAUCACAAAAUACAAAGUAUAAAAUAAACUGAUACACAAUUUAUCUUUAACAACGAACAAUUAAUAUAAUCUAUAUUCAAUGAAACUCGAUUAAUAGAUUCGUAACACAAUACAAAAAUAGUAUAAAGAAAAUCGAUAAAUUAAUCGAGUAUUAAUCGAGUUAAAUCGAAUAUAAUCGAUAUUCAUAGUUUUCAUUGAAAUCACCACUAGAAUGCGCUCUUGAAGUUUAGAUAGUUUACGCGCGAUGUACAGUAAACGUUGUGUUUGAAGAGGUUACACAGUUUAGCUAUCACAAUUUAGAAAUUCGUGAAUAUGUCGGUAUGUUACUCGAGGUUUCUUGUGAACGUUGAAAUGUUUCUUGAAAAUGGUGUAUAGACGCUAUCGAGAUCCUGGAGUUUUUUUAGAACAAUGGUGCCACGGUUCGGAUACAUCGAGUUCUACUGUACGUAUUUGAUGAAAGUAUAUCCAUGAAAGUUCGAACAUCAGUUCGAGAAUUAGGAAUACGUCGCGUUAUUAUACAUAAUAUAUUGUCCUAGGUGUUUGUAUUUCAUAUUAUUACACAAACAUAUAUUCAUAUUUGGGCAUUUACACAAACACACAUGGGCAUUUACACACAUACACAAUAUACGUACAAAAAAUAUAUAUAUAUUUCGUUACUAAAUUCGAAUGUUGUUAGGUAUUUUGAUCAUCAAUUUCAAA